GGCACCAUGUCCAUGCUGCCAACCUUCGGCUUCACGCAGGAGCAAGUGGCGUGCGUGUGCGAGGUGCUGCAGCAGGGCGGCAACAUCGAGCGGCUGGGCCGCUUCCUGUGGUCGCUGCCCGCCUGCGAGCACCUCCACAAGAAUGAGAGCGUGCUCAAGGCCAAGGCGGUGGUGGCCUUCCACCGCGGCAACUUCCGCGAGCUCUACAAGAUCCUGGAGAGCCACCAGUUCUCGCCGCACAACCACGCCAAGCUGCAGCAGCUGUGGCUCAAGGCGCACUACAUCGAGGCGGAGAAGCUGCGCGGCCGGCCCCUGGGCGCCGUGGGCAAAUACCGCGUGCGCCGCAAGUUUCCGCUGCCGCGCUCCAUCUGGGACGGCGAGGAGACCAGCUACUGCUUCAAGGAAAAGAGUCGCAGCGUGCUGCGCGAGUGGUACGCGCAUAACCCCUACCCCUCACCGCGCGAGAAGCGCGAGCUGGCCGAGGCCACUGGCCUCACCACCACGCAGGUCAGCAACUGGUUCAAGAACCGGCGGCAGCGCGACCGGGCAGCGGAGGCCAAAGAAAGGGAGAACAGCGAGAACUCCAACUCCAACAGCCACAACCCGCUGGCUGCGUCGCUGAAUGGCAGCGGCAAGUCGGUGCUAGGCAGCUCGGAGGACGAGAAGACGCCGUCGGGGACGCCGGACCACUCGUCGUCGAGCCCCGCUCUGCUGCUCAGCCCGCCGCCGCCCCCUGGGCUGCCGUCCCUGCACAGCCUGGGCCACCCUCCCGGCCCCAGCGCCGUACCCGUGCCGGUGCCGGGCGGAGGCGGCGCGGACCCGCUGCAGCACCACCACGGCCUGCAGGACUCCAUCCUCAACCCCAUGUCGGCCAACCUCGUGGACCUGGGCUCCUAG